UGCAACGCUCUGCGCCGAAAAGGUAAAAAGAUGCGAAUUCCCUCCGCGCCCCGUGCAUGAGCGAGCCGACGCAAGCGCGCAGACAGGCUCCCCGUCUCCGGCUGUCUGGCCCCCGCUGGGUGGGACAUGUGUCCCCCUCCGUCGGCUCUCCGCCGUGUGUCUGCAGGCCUCGGCGCAGCAUGAUAACGUCUGAGCUGACUCCAGGAUCUCCGGUGGGCAGACAGUGAGGCCCCGGGCCCGCCGCCAUGCGAUGCGCGUGAGGGACCAGCGGCGGUGUUGUGGCCCCCGGCGGGAUGCUGCCGACGGCCGGUCGCCAUGACUCUGCUGGACCUGUGGCUGUCGCGCUCCAUCUCCAUGUGCCUGCUCCUCCAGAGCCUCGUCCUCAUGGCCCUGUGCUUCCCCUCGGCCAGCAUGUGCCCAAAGGGCUGCAUCUGCCAGCGGGACCCCCACCUCCACGGCUUCAACGUGACCUGCAGCCAGUCCCGCCUCAAAGAGAUCCCCCCGAGCCUGCCCGUGGACACCGUCCUGCUCAGGCUGGACCACAACCAGAUAGGCGCCGUGCCGGACCAGGCCUUCCACGGCCUCCGGCUCCUGAGGGAGCUCAACCUCUCGUACAACGCGGUGGAGACCCUAGGGGAGGCGGCCUUCAGCGGCAUCGAGGCGACGCUGCAGGUGCUGGACCUGUCGCACAACCGCAUCACUAGCGUGCACAAGGACGCCUUCGCCCGGCUCAAGGCCCGGGUGAUCGUGGACGACAACCCGUGGCACUGCGACUGCGCCCUGCAGCAGGCCAUCGGCGGCAUGGCCCACAACCACGAGGCCGCCGCCCGGGUCCUCUGCAGGAGCUCGGAGCUGCGCGACCAGGAGGGUCGACCUUUCCUGGCGGUGGACACCGACCUCUGCAACCUGGCCAAAAGGACCACAGACUACGCCAUGCUGGUGACGAUGUUCGGCUGGUUCGCCAUGGUCAUUUCGUACGUGGUGUAUUACGUCCGGCAGAACCAGGAGGACGCCCGGCGCCACCUGGAGUACCUCAAGUCUCUGCCCAGCAAGCCCAAGAAACCCGACGAGGCGGACGACAUAAGCACUGUGGUCUGACUGGCUGGUUGGAGGCGAGCCGCGCUGACCAACACCAAAAUGUUUAUUGUGACGGGACCCAUGUUUGUAGUGUUUGCUAUUUCAGACUUUUAGGUGAGUAGAUCAUCAGACCUGAUGAGAAAUCUUUGUAUUUUAGGGAUUCUGUGGAUUAUGUUGUUACCAGGGUUUGUCGACGUCUGAGACGAGAUGAGAAGGAAGGCCAGAGAGUCUAAUAGACACCAGUAUUGUCUUUUCUAAAAAAAAAAAAUUGAGCACCCAGUAAUCUCAGGUUCAAACAUUGACAUGGUAAUGGAUUUUUAUAGUUGUAAAUUUGGAAUAUCUGAUAAAACGAAAUAUAUAAACAGAGCCCUUGUUUUGGUACCUCAACGCCCCCCCCCCACGUAAAAAAUGUGCACUGCGGUUCGCAAAUACUUCCUUCCCUUUAAAAUGACAUUUAAACUUUAAAUAUUCAUAACGACCGCAGCAAGGAGAAUAUUGGAUCCGUACAUCUCGUUGUGUUUCAGACACUCGGGUGUCGGGGGCCUUCACUUUAUAAAGUGUCUCCCUGCUUGCCUUCAGCUCGUUAUUCAGACAGUUCGACGAUGGGGACGCGUGAGCACUGACUGCAGCGUUUAGUGAACCAAGUUGCGACCGGAUGCUGCCGCCAAAGUCCCGUUUUCUAAGGGGCGAAUCCCGAGACAUGUCCGUGCGUCGCGGGUGUGUUGCUCACGGGGGGAAACAAUGGUCGGCUUUCCUUUCAGCCAAAAGCCCCAAAUGGUCGUAUCUCAAUCGUUUUUUUUUUUUUUUUUUUCCAAAGCCGUUUACCUGCUGCGUCGUGGUUAGGAGUCCGUUCAAAUCAUGUCGGCCCCGCGUUAAAGACUCACGCGCCGUCUCGUGAUUGUCAAUUGCAGAUUUUUUUUUUUUUUGUCGGCCCCGUAGCUUCCUGUUUGGUCGGACUGGGUGUGGAUCGUUUUUCAGGUGGUCACUACGAGGCUGAGAAAAGACCAUGUUUACAUUUUGACGAAUGUACGGCCCCAAAGAUUAAAGAAACGAUGCUUUUGUGUUCUAGAUGUAGCAGGUGGCCAUGGUGUAAGCAGGAGUAUCUACUUUUGUGCAGCUAUUGAAAAAUAAUGCACUCCGUGGAUGUAAAAUGUGGAUGCAUCAUUUUUCAAUAAUGGCAUUAUGGACUAUGCGUUUUAUACUGAAGCUUUUUUUCAUUCUAAUGCUGAUCCAAACUAUGAUUUUGUGUUUAGGCCUGGGAAUAAGGCUAUUAGCUCAAAUGGCAUUGGCUUAGUUGAUGGCUUCUGAGCAGCUGUGAGAUUAAUCAUUUGAGGGGAGUUUAAUUCAUGGUGGAGAAGACUAUUUCUUUCUUUUAUUACUAACACAUGCAAAGAUGAUUGAGUUUUAACAAGAAACCUUUACAACCACGUAUCACUUUAUCCAGUCAUAUCAAGAAGACCCAUUUUGUUACACUAAAUCAGUAUAUUUAAUUAAAACAAGAAACCUUUGUUAUUAUAACAACAUUCGUUCACACAACUUCUUUACAAUGCCAUGAGAAAUAGACAGAAAAGACAUGUCGGUAUAUUAAUAUUAAGGGAUUUUCAUCCGCCAACCACGACAUCAUGGUCAUAAAGUUGAAAAAAUAUCUAAAACCACAUUAUAAGUCUAAUCAUCAAAACCAGAUGGAAGACUCAAGAUCAAUUAUAUUCAUACUAAAUGACCUUAUUUUACUGUCAGAAGUAAAUACAUUAGUCAUUUUUGGUUAUUACAAAACAUCCCCGGAGAACUCGUCCUACAAAAAGCAUCCGCUCCAAACGGGCCGCUCCGUGAAAAGACGUGCAUUGAAAUUCUUAAUUGUCCCUUAAACAUGAACCUGCAGUUUAUUCCUGGCAAACUGAUGAAGACCCUGAAUGUUUCCGGGAUAUUGAAAAGUCCAAACAAAGUGUCGCUGCAGUGUGCUCACUUGAGGUGGCCCGGCCCUGAGCGAGACGUCCCGAAACUCGCGAGGAGCCGGUUUCUCAACUCAAGCCCGAGAUGAGAAACCGCUCAGUUAUCACCAGCACAUCCACAUCGAUGCCCCAAAACGGGUCACAGCCCACCGACUUCCUUUGUUCAGUACCAACGGAGAAAAUCGAUUUUCCCAAAACCUUAACCAUACCAUAGUUAAAAAAAAACGGAACUUCACGAGAUGUGAGCUAUGUAGUAAAUUAGCUGAGAGCAUUUUUGUCAAAGAUUUUGAGUGUCUUAGUUGAUGUAUUUUGGCAUUGGAUGUUUUGGGGAGAGGUGGGCCGGGCCGCUGUUGUGCUGUGCGUCGCCUCCAUCGGUUUGUGCGACCCCCCCCUUUUUCCUGCCGUCGUCGCUGCCUUUCUGUGUAUCUGUACCGGUUCAGAAGUGAGCACAGAGCUAAAUGUCAGUUUCGGUGAACUCUUCUCGUCGAUGUUUUGUGGUUUUCCUUCGGUCGUCCACAGCCAACGCUGUUAAUCGUUACCGUUUGCCUCCAUUUCCGUCAUGUCCCUCUAAGGACGCCGUGUACAGUAAUGUUCCCCCAGCAGUGGGUGGGGGAUAAAAUUGAUGGCGUCAUUGUCUCAAACGGCUCCCCCUUUCCAUCACGGCCCGCUGGAACGUAGGCCCAGAGAAAAUCCAUCAAGGGCCACGCGAAACACUGGAUCCAUGUGUAAAAGUACGGGAAAAUAGAUUUUUAGCUCAUUUUUACCUUUAAAAAAAAUAAAUAAAAAAGAACCUAAAGUAGUUCCUGCACAUGUCGGAUACUGGGUGUUGCUGAUAUCUUGCUUCUUGUUUUUGUUUGUCACUGACUUUGUACAGUAAUGGUUGUUGAAAUGACGUCUUUAGGGGAUAUGCAAGGAGAAAACGCAAGUAGAGAACACUAGGCUCGCGCCGUGUAAAUAGGAACGUUGAUGUUGUGUGAAGAAAAAAAACAAAAAAAACCCCAAACUUGAAAUCCCUUUAAUUAGUCGUCCUUGAAUGUGCUAAAUGCCUCGUCCUCCUCAUGACGGGCUCUAAAAUGCAUGUACGAUGUAAUGGAGCACAGUGUAGCCAAGGACCCGAGAGUAUUUCUAAGUGCCUGGAUACUUCUCUCACCGUUUUUAUUUCCUGCCCCCCCCCCCCCCCCCCCAACCCCCCCCACCUUAGUUUAGGAUUCUCUCCGUUUAGUGGAUUUGUCAAUUUUCAUUUUUCUUUUUUAGGUUUAUUUUGCAAAUUUAGAAGAAACGAGGAACCCGGACUCAACCAUGCUGAUGUAAAGAGCUGUUUCACUAAACUGCGCUGUACCAUAUCACAGGUUUUGAUGCGGAUGGACGAACUCACGGUCACGGAGGGUGAAAAAUGUUAGCACCGGCUGUCAUGGUUGCGUUGUAAUAGCAUGACGUGCAGAAAAUGAAAUAAAGGAGGUUUGCCUUG